CUAAUGAACCUUCAUCUUGUGUGAUAGGCACCUCUUCUGCUAUGGAAGGUUCACACUCAGAACCAAAACUCAUUUUGAUUUUCAGCGGUAAACGGAAGUCAGGGAAAGAUUACGUCACGAAUGUCAUCCUCGAUCGUUUAGGAGAGGACGUCUGUGGCGUCGUUCGUCUUUCUGCGCCCCUCAAAGAAGCAUAUGCUCAGGAACACGGACUGGACGCCAAGCAACUAUCGAGUUCCGGCCCUUACAAGGAGCUCUAUCGGGUAGACAUGAUCAGCUGGGGCGAAGCUCAGAGACGGCGAGAUCCCGGAUUUUUCUGCCGGCUGGCGACAAGAGGAGCGCACCAGCCCGUUUGGGUGGUGAGUGACGCACGGCGGAUGUCGGACCUUUGCUGGUUUUGGGCCAAAUUCCCUCAACAGACUCGCUGUGUGCGUGUGGAAAGUCGAGAAGAAACGCGCAGGCGUAGGGGGUGGAUCUUCACCCCAGGCGUGGAUGACGCAGAGUCUGAGUGCGGGUUGGACAGUGGGGUGGACUUCCAUUGGACCAUCACAAAUGAGGCCGACGCCCACUCAUUAGAUGACCAGUUGCGGCCAAUCCUCGCACUGGCGGCGGAGGCGACCCGUCACUGAUCGAUCAAAACCAGCCAAGCCGCAUUCAACAAAGCCUUAUGACUCGGCUGAUCAUAACUGAAUUACCCACCAGGGAUCAAUACAGUAUCUAUCUAUCUUUAUCUCUCUCGACGACACACUUGACAAAUUAGACCGCCUGGAAGGAAUGUUUUCCACAGAACGAAACCAAUGUUUACAUCUGAGAUGUAAUUGCUAGAACUCGCUAUUUUGGCCAAGGCCAUCAAAGGCCUAUUGUUUGAAAACAAUACCAGUUUUGAAACAAAAUUAAUUGGUUAAUAUUUGCCAUUUUUCACGUCCUGAGUGUUGUUAGUCACCUAAAUGUUGAACAGAGGCUGUGAUUUACCAAAGUCAAAUUCCUUGUUUGGCACGCUCAAACAUGGCGAGUAAAAAACUCUUGAAUCUUUCAAAAUCAUUGAUGUGCCUCUUCGCGACUAAUCCCCGUUCACAAUUUUGUUGGUUAUGCCGUAGCAAACACUUGAGUCAUCUGUUUGUUCAACAUAUUAGACUCUAACCCGUGUUCUACGAUCAAUACCUAAAGCCCCACAGUCCCCCUCCUACUCAUGAUUAAUACCUAAAGUCCCACCCUCCUCCUGCUCGCGAUCAAUACUUAAAGCUCUAGAUGUGUAUUUGCAAGGUCACAAGCUUGCUUGUGUUUGAUUCCUGUUGGCAAAUCCCCCGUGCUGGUGGUAACCGACACGGACGUCAACUGUUUGUGUUUGUAGGUACAAACUGGCCAAAUCAUGUCUGUUCUAUUUGGUGCCGAUACUUAACCUCUCAAUAAAGAUGGCGAACAAAUGA